UUUUACCGGGUUAAAAAAUGUUGACCCGGGACAAAACCCUAGCACUAUAAACCACGCCAAUUCCAAAAGCCAAUCUCCCUCCAUUUCUUGCUCAACUCUUCUUUACUCGAUCCUCUGCUCCGUAUCAAACAUAAAGCCAACUAAAGCUUUGCUGCAAUCGGAGCUCGAAUUCAGACAAUCCGAUGGAGACGACGGUGGAUCAAGAUCAGCAAUGGCUUAUCAACUGCCUGAAUGCCACUCUGGAUUCCAAUCACCAGGUCCGAUCCUUUGCUGAAACCUCGCUUCAACAAGCUUCCCUUCAGCCAGGUUAUGGAAGCGCAUUAUCCAGAGUUGCGGCAAGCAGGGAACUUCCUUUGGGACUGCGCCAGAUAUCCUUUCAUUAUUCUGCGGUUCUGCUAAAGCAGUUUAUAAAGAAACACUGGCAGGAAGAUGAAGAGGACUUUGAGCAUCCAGUGGUUUCUAGUGAUGAAAAGGAAACUAUUCGCCGUCUACUCCUAUCAUUGCUAGAUGAUCCAAACAGAAAGAUGUGUACUGCAAUAAGUAUGGCUGUAGCAUCUAUUGCACAUUAUGACUGGCCAGAGGAUUGGCCUGAUCUUUUGCCAACAUUAAUAAAUUCAGUUAUGAACCGGACUAACACAGAUGCCGUGCAUGGAGCAUUAAGGUCCUUGGUUCUUCUCUCUGCGGAUUUGGAUGAUAAGGUGGUUCCACAGCUUGUUCCUGUCUUGUUCCCAUGCUUGCACACAAUUGUAUCAUCUCCACAGAUUUACGACAAAGCUCUACAAAAAAAAGCAAUUUCCAUAGUUUAUGCAUGUAUCUCCAUGUUGGGGACAAUGAGUGGCUUUUACAAGACAGAGACAACUGCUUUGCUGUUACCCAUGCUUCAACCAUGGAUCAAUCAGUUCUCUUCCAUUCUUGAACAGCCAGUGCAAUCUGAAGAUCCUGAGGAUUGGAGCAUUCGAAUGGAGGUUUUGAAGUGCUUGAAUCAGUCUGUGCAAAACUUCCCCUGCCUCAUGGGAAAUCAGUUUAUGGUUAUUGUGGGGCCACUGUGGCAGACAAUUGUAUCAUCUUUACAAGUCUAUACACAAGCAUCAAUUCAGGGCGUGGAUGAUGCAUAUGAAGGAAGAUAUGAUUCUGAUGGGGCAGAGCAAAGUCUUGAAUCAUUUGUCAUCCAGUUAUUUGAGUUCCUGUUGACUAUUUUGGGCCGUAAAGAGUUUGUAAAGGUAAUUCUGCACAACAUGAAGGAGCUAGUGUACUGUGUCAUUGCUUUUCUGCAGAUAACAGAGCACCAGGCCCACACAUGGUUGAUGGAUGCCAAUCAAUUCCUUGCUGACGAGGAGGAUAAUACUUAUAGUUGUCGAUCUUCUGGUGCGCUGUUACUAGAAGAGGUGAUACAUUCUUGUGGUGCAGAGGGAAUAAAUGCUAUAAUUGAAUCUGCAGAAAAAAGAAUCAAUGAAUCACAGCAAGAGAAGACUGCUGGUUCUUUGGGUUGGUGGAGAGUACGGGAGGCUACCCUUUUUGCUUUGGUUUCCGUGUCAGAAGAGUUGCUUGAAACAGAGGUUUCUGGAAACUCUAGAGCUAGUUUACGAAAUGUUUUGGAGAAAAUUCUUACAGAAGACGUUGCAACAGGUGUUAAUGAGUAUCCUUUCCUUUAUGCUCGUUUGUUUUCAUCGGUUGCUAAGUUUUUCUCUGUGAUCAACCAAGGGCUUUCUGAGCAGUUUUUGCAUGCAGCUGUGAAGGCAAUUGGCAUGGAUGUGCCUCCUCCAGUAAAGGUAGGUGCUUGUCGAGCCCUUUCCCAGCUUUUAUCUGAUGCAGACUCUGGAGUCAUUCGGGCACAUAUCAUGGACUUAUUUUCAUCACUCACCAACCUUCUUGAGCAUGCAUCUGAUGAAACAAUGCAUCUAGUGCUUGAGACACUACAGGCAGCUGUCAGUGCAGCCCCAGAAGUAUUGCCAUCUGUGGAGUCCAUUCUAUCUCCUAUCAUCCUUAAUGUAUGGGCUUCACACGUCACGGACCCUUUUGCCAGCAUUGAUGCUCUCGAGGUUUUGGAGGCAAUAAAAAAAGCUCCUGGUUGUAUCCAGCCAUUGGUUUCUCGGAUUUUACCUUAUGUUGGACCAGUGCUAAUUAAACCGCACCAGCAGCCUGAAGGUUUAGUAGCUGGCUCUCUUGAUCUUAUGACAAUGUUGUUGAAGGAUGCACCAAUAGAUGUCAUCAAAACUAUUUAUGAAGUUUCUUUUGAUCCUGUUAUAAGGAUAAUCCUCCAAAGUGAUGAUCAUAGCGAGAUGCAGAAUGCAACACAGUGCUUGGCUGCACUUGUCUAUGGCGGAAAGCAGGAGUUACUUAGAUGGGGUGGAGAUCCUGGAUACACAAUGAAAUGCUUGCUUGAUGUGACUUCAAGGCUUCUGAAUCCUGAUCUAGAAAGUUCAGUUUCACUUUUUGUUGGAAGCUACAUCUUGCAACUUAUUUUGCACCUCCCUUCACAAAUGUCAGAACAUAUCAGAGACUUAGUUGCUGCACUUAUCAAACGCAUGCAAUCAUGUGAAAUUUCUGCGCUCAAAAGUUCAUUGUUGGUUAUUUUUGCUAGACUGGUCCAUAUGAGUGUUCCACAUGUUGAACAAUUCAUUGAUUUAUUGCUGUCACUACCAGCCAAAGGCCAUCAGAAUGCCUUUGCUUACUUAAUGUUUGAAUGGACUAAGAUGCAAGGGGAAAUUCAGGGAGCCUACCAAAUCAAAGUAACAACAACUGCUUUGGCUUUAUUAUUAUCUACUUGGCAUGCUGAGUUGGAGGAAAUUAAUGUGCAGGGACAUCUUAUUAAGUCAUCUGCUGGGAUCACUACACGUUCAAAGGCUAAAACCGCUCCAGAUCAAUGGACAGUUAUGUCUCUUCCUAUGAAGAUUAUGGCUAUAUUGGCAGAUUCCUUGGUUGAAAUCAAAGAACAAGCUUUAACAGACGGUGAUGAGGAUGAUGACUGGGAGGAAGCUGGAGAUGGAGAGAUUGGAAGCAAUGGAACUCCAUUGAUUGCAGCUGGUUCUACAUCUAAUAGUAGACCCACCUAUGAGUAUCUCAAUGCAAUGGCAAAGGCUUUUAAUGAGGAUCAAGACGAGGAUGGCAACGAUGACGAUCUUCAUACUAGUGGCGACCCCCUCAAUGAGAUAAAUCUGGUGAAUUAUCUCAUUGAACUUCUUCGGAGUUUUUCAAGCAGCAGUGGGGCACAUUUUCCCCACAUACUAAAGAGCUUAACAAAAGUUCAACAGGAAGCCAUUUUGAUGGUUCUCAAGUAAUAUGUUUACAAACUCAACAAGAGAAACGUAUUCCUUUCGAAGUGGUGGUUUAUCGUGUUUCUUUUUUCAUUUGAUUCUAUUUUUUUGCGGGAUUUCACUGGGUUUGCUGUUAAUUAUUGUCGUUGUCAUUUGAUUGAGGGGUGUAAAAGUCCAUGCAAAAUCUUGUCACAUCUUGAAGAUUUUACUUCAUUACACAUAGUGAUUGAGGAAAAAAAAGGAAACUGGGUCU